AUGACUCAUUAAUUAUCAAACAUUGAAAAAAUAAAAUAGUAACUUCAUCUUUAACAUUAAGUUAAAGAGAUACUUGCAAAAGAAUUUGUAGAUCUAUAAGAUAAAGAACAUUUUCAAGUAUUAUCAGAUAAAAAUAAUAAGGUAAUUGUUGGAGUUUUAGAAAAACCAAAAAAGUUGAGAAAUGCAAACGAUUUAUAAUUAUUAGCUAUGGCAUUUUCAACAAUUAAAUAUUUUUAAGAGAUGAGCAAGACAACCAGUUAGGAUGAAAUGCUAAAUUUAUUUAGAGUAUAAGGAUUAUUUAAUAAAGGAAUUAUAAUAUAUAGAAGUACCUGCCAGAAGAACUUUAUUUCGUUUAGGAGAUAUAGGAAAGAACUUCUAUAUAAUUUUGAGUGGUUCAGUUUGGGUAUUGUAAAAAUUCAUAAUUUUAGGUAUUAGUUGCCAGAUCAGGUUUAUAGAGUGGUACAUUCUCAAAAAAAGAUGAGAAUAAUAAAGAUAAAAUAGAAAUAGAUGAAGGAACCUUUCAAGUAAAUAUAAUUGAAAUUCUAUAUAGGAUGAAUUUGAAUUUAUUGAAUUGGAUGAUGAAAGUAUGCUGACUUAAAAAUAUCCAAAUUUAAUGAAAGUUGGUUAAAUAGCAGCUGGAGGUAGUUUUGGUGAAAUAGCUCUUACUAACUUUAUCCCAAGACAAGCUACUAUUGUUUGCAAAGAGAAUUCCCAAUUCAUUACUUUAUCUAGAGAAGCAUUUAAUAAAUUUUUAUGUAGAGAAUUUUAAAUUAUAUUAUUAUAGCUGAAUAUUAUAAUCGAAUCUAACAAAAAAAUUUCGAGUUUCUGAAAUCAAUUUAGAUAUUCAAGUCAUGGAAUGAUGCCGAAUUAAGUCAAAUGUAAUAUCAUCUUCAGCCUUUAGAAUAUUGUUAUGAUACUUUAAUAUAUAAAGAAGGAGAAAUUGUUAAGUAGAAUAUCAUAUAUUAUUUAUAGAGGUGUUUAUUUUGUUUUAGAAGGCUAAAUUGAAAUAACUUAGAGUGCUAAAAAUGAUAAUCAUUUUGAUUAACCAUUUGGUAGAAGAUUAUAAAGAUCAUAUAGUAAUUUAUUUAAAUUAUUCUAUUUUCAGGUCAAAAGAAUAUAUAAUUAAAAUUAAAUAGAUGUGGAUAUGGAUAAUUAUUUGGAUAUUUAGAAAUAGUAUCUAAUUAAGAAUUUCGUUAAUCAAAAGCUGUUUGUUUAACAGAAAAAUCUAAAAUGUUAUUCUUACCAGCAGAUGUAUUUUAAUUUAAUAUUAUCAAAUUUAGAGAUUUAAAUUAUAUUGUUGUAAUGGAUUAACUUUGUCAGAAUUAAAUAAAAUGAUUGAAAAAUUAGAUGAAAAUAAAAGAAUUUCAAAAGAAAUAUUUUUAGGUAAUUCAAAUCAUCAUUCAAGUGGAUUUGAUUUCUUAACUUAAUCACCUAGUUAUUUGAUUAAAACAUAAGAUGAAGAUGAAAAAUUUGUUUAAGUCAAUUUAACAUAAUAGAAUCGUUAAUCAUCUCAAAAAAUGAAUAAUACAUAAAAAAAUACUGAAAGGAAAUCUUAAAAAAUUGUUCAAGAAAUAUUAGGCAAGAUUUAACAUUAACCUUCUAAUAUUUAAAAUUAUUAUGAAUUUAUUUCAUCACAUUCAAAAGAAAAGAAAUAAGAACUCACUUUUGAAUGUCCACUUAUUGAGAUUUAAUAAAGUAGAAAAGCAAAAAUUCUGUAAUAAUAAUUAUAGCAUUAAUAAUAAAAUCAAAAUUCGAAAACACCAUGUUAAAAUAUAGAUUCGAGAGUAUGUUUAAUUUAAAGUUUGAAAUUACCUAAAUUAUUUAAAAAAUAAAAAAAUAAAGAGGAUGUUUAAUUAUAGGUUUAUAAGUUUGUUAGAUAAUAAAAUUAAAGUGUUUAACUUUUUUGA